AUGUCAUUAAAAAGUCCAGCAUUACCGAUAUCCUCUGGUCGUCAAGAAAAUUAUUUAAGACAAAUGCUAUCACAUACUAAAAAAAUGAUUAAUGAAAUAAAAGAAAUAGAAAAUACACCUGAUUUGAGCACUCCUUUGAGUGAAAUUGUUUGUGCAGCUAUUGCUGUUUAUGUAACAAUUCAAGACCGUAUUUUUGAGUUAGAAGAAAAAUUAUAUGAAUUUGGAUUAGAAGAAUUAAUAGCAAGUAAAAAUACAGGACAUAUAGAAAAUGAAUUAACAAAAGAAAAUAAUAUUUUAGUUACACCGCGUAAAGCAAAUAAAACAUUUAAACGCCUUUCAGUUGUCACUCAAGAAAGUCCUACGCUUGAAAGUUUUGGAAUAUCAGAUCACGCUCUAGCAAUACUCAAGGCUGAUGUACGACUAUCAUUGACACCAUUUCAACGAGAUAAAAUACCACAAAUCCAUCAAAUUAGUGACGAUAUUAAUCAAUUAAAUUCAGACUAUUAUAAUAAAUCUACUCAAGUUUUAUCAUCAAAUGAAAGGAAAAGACAUAUUAAUGAUAACGAUAAAUCAUUUGAACAAAUUGUAUAUAGGCAAGAUGUUUUAGGAUUUCCAAGACAAGAGUUUGAUGAAAUAACUUAUGAUGAAUUGUUGAAUGAAAUCGGCGUUGGAAAUACAACAACAAUUGAUGUAGUAUUAUUAGCAUUGAUAACUUUAAACAGAAUUGAAUCAAGAGCAAGUGAUCCUGAUCCAACUAAAAGAAAAUAUAAAGUAUUAUGA